UCGUCACGUGUGCGCGGGCGGAUGACGUCAGCGGUGGGAGCCGGCCGGCGAUGCGGGAAGUGCGGAGCGAGCGGCACCGGCGAAUUGUGUUCAGCAGUGACCAGCAGACAAAGCCAUGGCAACUACCAGUGGGGAUCCCGGGGAUCCCGGGCUCUCCAAGCUGCAGUUUGCUCCCUUCAGCAGUGCUUUGGAUGCAGGAUUCUGGCACGAGCUGACCCAGAAGAAACUCAAUGAGUACCGACUGGAUGAGACCCCYAAAGUUAUCAAGGGCUACUACUACAACGGUGAUCCUUUGGGUUUGCCAGCUCGAUUGACACUGGAGUUUAGUGCCUUUGAUAUGAAUGCUCCCAUACCAGCACGCUGCUGUCCUGCUUUUGGAACUCUGUACAACACCAACACUUUYGAGACUUUCAAAUCCUGUGAUAAGAAAUCACUUCUGGAUAAAGAAGCAAAUGAGAUCUGGGAAUCAAUUAAAUCUGGAGCUGCUCUGGAGAACCCAAUGCUCUUGAACAGGUUCCUGCUGCUGACAUUUGCAGAUUUAAAGAAGUAUCAUUUCUAUUACUGGUUUUGCUACCCUGCCCUCUGCUUCCCUGAUGGAAUUCAUAUAACUCAGAAACCUGUGUGUCUUGGGGACAGGUUCACAGUAAAUCAGAUCCAAGGCCUGCAGAAAGCAUACGAUGACCUCUGCCAGAAGGAGGGGGUGACAGCCCUGCCUUAUUUCCUGAUCAAAUAUCAUGACAAUUCUGUYGUGAUAUCCCUGCUGAAAAAGUGGGAUGGCUUCUUUCAAGACCAAGGAGGAAAGGUGACGGUUGGAGUUUAUGAUCCCUGUAAUUUAUCCCACUACCCAGGAUGGCCACUGAGAAACUUCCUGAUUCUGGCAGCCCACAAAUGGGGUAAUGUUCUGCAGAGGGUUGAAGUGCUCUGCUUCAGAGACAGAACCAUGCAAGGGGUCAGAGACAUCACCCACAGCAUUAUCUUUGAAAUCCAACUGCCAGAAACACCCCUGGACCCAGAUUGUCCAAAAGCUGUAGGAUGGGAGAAGAACCAAAAGGGAGGCAUGGGACCAAGGAUGGUGAAUCUCAGUGAAUGCAUGGAUCCCAAAAGGUUAGCAGAGUCAUCCGUGGAUCUGAAUUUGAAGCUGAUGUGCUGGAGGUUGGUGCCUACCCUGGAUUUGGAAAAGAUUGUGUCUGCCAAGUGCCUGCURCUGGGAGCUGGGACACUGGGCUGCAGUGUUGCAAGGACCUUGAUGGGCUGGGGGGUGAGGAAGAUCACUUUUGUGGACAAUGCCAAGAUCUCCUACUCCAACCCCGUGCGGCAGCCGCUCUACGAGUUCGAGGACUGCCUGAGUGGGGGCAAGCCCAAGGCUCUGGCAGCAGCAGACAGGCUGCAGAAAAUCUUCCCAGGAGUGAUCUCAGAGGGUUAUAACAUGAGCAUCCCCAUGCCAGGCCACCCAGUGAAUUUCUCGGAGGUGACAAUGGCCCAGGCUCAGAAGGAUGUGGCAAAGCUUGAGGAGCUCAUUGAUGCCCACGAUGUGGUUUUYCUGCUGAUGGACACUCGGGAGAGUCGGUGGCUGCCUGCUGUCAUUGCAGCYAGCAAGAGGAAGUUGGUCAUCAAUGCUGCCUUGGGAUUUGACACUUUUGUUGUUAUGAGGCACGGCCUGAAGAAACCAAAACAGCAAGAAUCUGGUGAUUCAUGCUUCAGCAAUGCCUCUGCUUCUUCUGAUCUGCUGGGAUCCUCACUCUUCUCAAAUAUCCCUGGCUAUAAACUGGGCUGCUACUUCUGCAACGAUGUUGUGGCACCAGGGGAUUCCACCAGGGAUCGGACACUGGACCAGCAGUGCACRGUCAGCCGGCCUGGGCUGGCCAUGGUGGCCGGAGCCCUGGCAGUGGAGCUGAUGGUUUCUGUUCUGCAGCAUCCUGAAGGUGGUUAUGCUGUGGCCAGCAGCAGUGAUGACCGAAUGAACGAACCACCCACCUCUCUUGGACUUGUUCCUCAUCAGAUCCGAGGGUUUUUAUCCAGGUUUGAUAACGUCCUCCCGGUCAGCCUGGCGUUCGAUAAGUGCACAGCCUGUUCAGCCAAGGUCCUUGACCAGUAUGAACGAGAAGGGUUUAAUUUCCUCGCUAAAGUUUUUAAUUCUUCCCAUUCCUUCUUGGAAGACUUGACAGGUCUAACUUUAUUACACCAGGAGACACAGGCAGCUGAGAUCUGGGACAUGAGCGAUGAUGAAACAGUUUGAAAUCAGGUGGCUGAGGAGGAGGAUGGCCCACUCUGGACUGCAGCCCUGCCUUUUAUCCCUGCUUUGACAAGUUAAUGAUUGCUUACCCCUUCUGACUGCUGCAAAUGCAAACAGAACCCACGUUUGGACAUGAAUAACUUCACUUUCAAAGCAGUCAGUUAUGGACAGAACUCACCAUGUUUUCAUUUUUAUUGUGUAAAUAACUGGAGCAAUGUGGUUAUGUUUAAACCUG